GUUUCACUUUUCGGCGGCGAAAUGGGUAAACGAGAAAAGCAGAAGCAGAAGCAUGAGAGGCGUAACCGUGGAAGAAGCUCCUUCAACUAUCUUCAAGAAGACCAAGAUUUUGAUGACACUCCAAGACUCUCACCUUCCGGUGAAGAACCUGAUCAUGACAGCAAUGAGGAAGAAGAAGAAGAUGAUGCCGAUAACGACGAAGCAACGAUAAGUAAUGAAAACCAAUCACACGAUAUGCCUUCAAAGUUUCUCCUUUAUCAACAAUCUGUGCAGUCUCCUAAAGGAGACAUAAGCUAUAUGCAAAAGUUCUUUCUCAUGUAUGUGGGUGGAAGGGUAGCCCUUCAUCUUCAAGAAGAUUUCUGUGGUACUGCGUUUCUUAGUACAGAAUGGCUCCGCAGUGAUUCAAGAAGAACAGCAGUAGGAUUAGAUUUGGAUAAUGAAGCACUUAAUUGGUGCAUGGAAAACAACGUGCCUUCACUUGGGGCUGAUGGAUUUUCAAGAAUAUCCCUCUUUCAUGGGAAUGUCCUACAACCUCUGCAGUCUAAACUUGUAAACAUGGAUCCUCAGAAGCUGGUAAGCGACCUUUCAUUGGCACAGAAUGAAGAAAAUAUGCAGACUGGUGUGCUGGAAUCUGAGGAUCCAACAGGCUCUGUUGCUCAAGAUGAUAAGUUUACUAAGAGAAACAUAACAUUACCUAGAAGAGAUAUUGUGUGCGCUUUUAACUACAGCUGCUGUUGUCUACAUAAACGAUCAGACCUGGUUUUGUAUUUCAAGCAUGCCCGUGAUGCCUUGUCAACUAAAGGUGGAAUUUUUGUGAUGGAUUUAUAUGGGGGUACAUCUUCAGAGCACAAGUUGAGGCUUCAAAGAAGAUUUCCUAAUUUUACGUAUGUAUGGGAGCAAGCUGAAUUUGAUAUCAUUCAACGGAAGACAAGGAUUAGCCUCCAUUUCCAUUUGAAGAAGGAACAAAGAAAACUCCGUCAUGCAUUUUCAUACAGCUGGCGGUUGUGGACGUUGCCUGAGAUUAAGGAUUGCCUGGAAGAGGCUGGAUUUCGAUCUGUUCAUUUUUGGGUUCGAGAGAUGCCAGACAGCGCGGAAAUUAUGAAGACAGAGGGAUUUGGUGCGGGAAAGAAUGUAAAAUAUGAAGAGGCAACAAGUUUUCAGCAACAAGAUUCUUGGAAUGCUUACAUAGUUGGUGUUGCAUGAUUUCAUCUUAGAGAUGGUAGUUUUCUGCUACAUUAAUUUUGUCAUAACUAGACAAGCUCCCUUAUGAAGCGUAACAAUUCUAUUCAUCUUGAAGAAUAAUAGAAUUAACAAAAUUUCAAGGUGCUUUCUGUCAUGUUUGGUAUGGAAUUUCAUCAAUGGAUCUUACCAUGAA